GAACAAGAUGGCGGCCCACUGAAGAGGUCGACUCUGUAGCGACGUUUUGUCCCUUUACAAAAUGUAACUGACUCACAGCUGAAGGAAAAUGACAUUUGCUCUGUGUGUCGUGUUUGAGUUUCAUCUGCUCUGAGUGUUUGUCCUCUCUGUCAUCGCCCCGGAAGUAUACAAACCGAGAGAGAAGUUAGCUUAGCAUGCUAGCUUGAAACGAGCAGCUCCUUGUCAGUCAGAGAACAAACAUUAAGGGAGGCUUAUUUGGACAGGAAGUUGGGUGAACAUGUCUAAAGUCCAGCUGCUGAGAGUUGUUGUCACCCAGAGACUGAGAGCAGCAGCUGAGGAGAUCUGCGGGCUGUUUGAGAGGACAUUAUCAGAGUAUGAGGAGGAGGUGGGGAGGCUGCUGCAGGACUCUGACAGGACUCUGAUCCACAGACACACCACAGAGGUCCAGCAGCAGCUGUUGGUGGUUAAAGAAGAGGUUCCCCCUGAGCAGCAGGAGUGGAGCUCCAGUGUGGACCAGGAGGACCCAGAGCCCCCACACAUUAAAGAGGAAGAGGAGGAACUGUGGAGCAGUCAGGAGGGAGAGCAGCUUCAAGGGCUGGAGGAGGCUGAUAUCACCAAGUUCACAUUCACUCCUGUCCCUGUGAAGAGUGAAGAUGAUGAAGAGGAACCUCAGUCUGAGGGACACCACUGUGGAGGACCAGGACCAGGACCAGGACCAGACAGGAACUCACAUCCAGAUCCACAUUUACAACCUGAUACCAUGACGACUUCACUCUCCUGUGAGGCUGAGGAUGGUAACGAUGGUUUGAACCAGAGGAGGGAGCCUCAGUCAGGUUUCAAUGCUCUGAAAAACACUGUCAGUGAUGUGGGAUGUAACGUGGUUAAAAAAUCUUUUAGCUGCUCAGAGUGUGGGAGAAGAUUCAGCAGCAAGGACCAUCUGCAGAUUCACACGAAACGUCACACGGGAGAAAAGACAUUCACCUGCUCGUUUUGUGGUAAAAUUUUUACAAAGAGCUCAAAUUUGACGACACACCUGAGAGUUCACACGGGAGAGAAGCCGUUCACCUGCACAGUUUGUAACACGAGUUUCAGCCUGCGGUGCACGCUGGUGAAUCACAUGAGAGUGCACACUGGGGAGAAACCGUUCAGCUGCUCCGUGUGUAGUAAAAGAUUUUCAAAAAAGGCCAAUCUUACGACACAUAUGGCGCUCCACACCGAGGAGAAACCGUUUCAAUGCAGUGUCUGUGGCAAGAGAUUCACGUGGCAUUCGCAGGUUAAAAACCACAAGUGUGUCGUAGACUGCAGCAGGUGAAGGUGAAGAGCCGCAGACUGAACGAAAAGCAAACAGUCACAUCAUGAUGGUGACGUUCAGGAGGAACUCAUCCAGAGCUGGUUCUCCGCCACAAGGUGUUCACGCAUCUGCACCACUGGGAGACGUGGCCAGAGGCAUUAUGUCUUCAGGAUGAAAAAAACACCCCUAAGGAAUUUCUUCUAAUUUGGCACAAAGAUCCAAGUGGAUGUUGGGGCCAUAUAUGAGGAAAUUCCCUUCAGGCCCUUUUGAGAUAUUGCGGGAAAAAUGAGACGUUACCUCAUGACACUUUCUACGUUACUACAACAUGACACUUUUGGCACAAACGUCCACUUGGACAUGAGAAUGAACUGAUUAGAAUUUGGUAUCAAAGGUCACCGUGAAGUUGUUUUCUCUGAGCUCUGAAAAUGUCAUCAAAUAUUUGUCUUUGUUCAAACUGAGUUGGUUAAAUCAGUAAAGAACAGCGAGUGUUUCCCAAACUGAGAGGACUGAAUAAAGAGCUGCUUCAUUCA